GACAUCUCUCCGGAGGAGCUGAAGAGCGAGCUGCCAGAGCGCCAGCCCCGCUUUGUGGUGUACAGUUACAAAUACGUCCAUGAUGACGGGCGCAUCUCCUACCCGCUCUGCUUCAUCUUCUCCAGCCCAGUCGGGUGCAAGCCGGAGCAGCAGAUGAUGUAUGCUGGGAGCAAGAACAGGCUGGUGCAGGCAGCCGAGCUCACCAAGGUGUUCGAGAUCCGGACCACGGAGGACCUGACCGAGGAGUGGCUGCGGGAACGGCUGGCCUUCUUCCGCUAGGAGGCGGAGAG